CAAUCGAUGCCGUUUUGCGCGAGUCCUGCGCUCCGUUAGCCGCAUUAUACUGGGAGAGGACGGAGACGAAGAGACGCAGCCAUGGCAGUCAGAGACGCACUGCUGUUGCUUUCACUGAUGGCCAUAGUGGCCCAGGCCGUGAAGCUCCCAGCCCUGGAGCGCAAGACUGAGAGACAGGAGAGACGGUUUAUGGAGCGGCACGGCCAUCUUCGGACCACAGUGCAGCCACCAGCCCCUGCGCCUGACUCACAGUCUGGCAGUCUGGACAGAGCUCCGACAGCUAAACCGAGGAUACUGGUGAACGGAGAUACAGCGAAGGAGACAGAGAAGGUGGCUGGUCAACAACAGGAACAACAACAGGAACCGAAACAGGACCCAGAGCAGGGACAGGAGCCGCAGCCAGAAACGGAGCCGGAAAGAGAGAAGACGCCAGAUAAAUCGCCUCAAGAAUCCAAGCCCGAGGUGCCAACUGAAAACCAGGGAGUGGAGGGAGAUGAGGUUCCCGCCGGAUCUUCUAACCGUCAGAUGGCGCCACAGACGCAGCAGGUCGACCAACCGAGCGUCAUCGACUCGGAUCAGAUAAACAAGAAUGCGGCAAAGGAAACCACAACCACACCAGAGGUGGUGACCUACCAGCCGGUACCGGACAACGCGUACGCUGUGUUCGACCACCACGGACGCAUCUGUAUCCUGGCCACCAUCAACGCAGACCUGGAGAUUGUCUACUACACAGAGUACGACGAACGAAAGAAACUGACGGUUCGUCUGCCGGAUGACGCCGAGGUCACGGGCGCGUGUGCCCGCGACAACGCCGAGCCGGUGAUCAGCCUGCGCUGGGAGCACUUCGAGUUCAGCAUGUUCUUCAAAGAGAAUGACAUCGGCAACACGUGGUAUGUCAGUGACAUGAAAUUGGAGUACGACGCAGACCAGUUACCCGAGGCAAAACCAAGAGUCGGCCGUCAGAUGUUGUGGAUGGACCGUCAGAUGCUCCACACGCUCCACCUAUUCGGCACGCCCGUGGACAAGGCGUACUUCUGCACCUCCAAACAGGACCUGGAUCUGUACAACGGUGACGGAGUCCGCUCUGCCAGCGUUAUCCUGUGGGACCUGCACCUGCAGCCCUACGUGCGCAACGGACAGUUCGGAGCCUCGGUGAACUGCCCCGGCGUGCCGGUCGGCCGGCGCCGUAUCAACGAGACCGUGCCGCUGGCCGUCGGCUCGACCCUCGCCACCGUCACCGUGCUAACCAUCGCUGGCUACGCCGUCUGGAGACACUUCAAGGUCAAGAAGUUCAACUACGACACCAUGGAGUGAGGCGUGGUCAUACCCUGUCAGUGAUAGAUUCAGUGGAGCGGCAGACAGACCUUGUGUUAGAAGCAUGGGACUGGAACACUUAGAGGUGAUUUAGUUCACGUGACACUAACUUGGAUAUGACUAGGUUCAUGCUAAGAUUCCUUCAUAAAUAGUUCUGCCCUUCAUGUGAUGGUUUAGUUUCUUUGCACUGCAAUAAUAUUUCGAUAAUGAAUCUUGUAGCUCAGGAGCCGAGCCAGAUAUUGUGCAUGAUAAAUUGCGAUUGAUUUUGUGAAUAACGAUUUCAAAGAGCUGUGCAGGGGCAGUGCUUUGAUAGCUCUAUCAAAGCACUGCCCCUGUAGAGCGAAUAUAAAUCAUUUUCACCGCUUUAUUGCUACCGAGCAUAGGUUGGCAUUAUAGGUGCCCUAGGCCAGGUAUAUCACAGGGAAUGUUUCCAGUCACGUGAUAGGCGAAUUUGCUGAACAGGAAGGGUAGCGCCGGGGCUACUUCGAUGUUAUAUGCUAUAGUUUCUGUUUAUUGUGAUGUGGUACUUAGCCUCUCCUGCUGGUAUCUGCUGUUCUAUUGCUUGCAUAUAACAAUCUACGUAAGUAACUCUAAAAAUCAUACUAGUGAUGACUGAUGAGAAGAGUACUUUUAAAUGGACCUUCUAAGCAUUUGCCAUUAAAAGUAAUGGGAAUCACACACUGUUUGACUGAUAUUCACAUGCUUAAAGAGCACUGCUUGUGCUUUUGGAACUCGCUAUAUUUGUUCACGCAAUCGUUGUCGGAAAGAAUGUAUUUUGUAUUUUGUUUGAUCUUAGCUAUAUGCGCAAUCAAGUGGGAGUAUGUUGUUCUUCUUCUAUCAUUUUGUUUGUUCUGCACCAUUCUGCAGUAUUGCUGCUGCUGCUGCUGUCACUGUUUCUCACAGCGCUGCACAUUGCACAUGUCUUCCACGAGCACUUUGUUGUUCGCAUGCGGUGGUGAGCUGAAUGGUAAAUGUCUGACGUUUGAAAACGUUGGCCGGGUUGUUAUUGUAGUUACUGGGAGGAGCGCCCGUGAGUGUCGUCUCUGUUGUUUUAAUCAUAAAAUGCGCUUGAGAAGUGUGAAACAGUCUGCGCAUGAUCUGUGUUGAAGUGUUCAGUGUGUGCGCAUGAAAAUUAUGAUUUGGACGCUUCAGAGGUGGGCUUUGCGUUGUUGUAAGCAUAAAGGCCGCCGUCCACUGUGCGGAACGCGUGCGGUCCGUACGGAAUUUAACACAGAACCCUAUGGGCGCAUCCGGUCCGUACGGAAAUCGUGUGCGCUCCGUCCGGACCGCAUCCGAACGGCAAUCAGCUGUUGAUUUUCCUUCAGCUCUCCGCAUGCGUUUCGGAUGCGGUUGCUACGGAGACGGAAGAGUGAUGUCCGACGCGUUGAACUUUUCUGCGGAAAACGCAUCCGGAACGUCCGGAACAGACGUGGUUUGGGGCCGUGUCGGAGGCAAACAUUGUGAAUUGUACGAAGAAUUGGAACUCGAUCAUCAUGAAGUACAUAAGUAAAAAUUAUUUCCUUAGAAUGACAAGAGUAUUCGCUGCUGGUUACUUGCAAUAUUUUAUUUGGUAAUAAGUGAUAGGAAACAUUUAUUAGCUCUCCGCAUCCGGACCGCAUCCGGACCGCAUCCGGACCGGAUGCGGCCAGCGUGCGGCGACAUUCCGGACGGACUCCGGACGGAAUUCCGUCGCAGUGGACGGCGGCCUUAAGUGUACUUGUAGAUGCCUACGCUUUCUGCAAUAGGAAACGGCGCCUACUUUUCAAUCUUCUGUGUUGUAUUUCUUCGCUAAGUUGUCUCAUUUGAUAAAAAUGGCAUAACUUAUUGUUACUAAUCUACUCUAUGCUGUUUGCUUUCGGAGUUGCACUAAUACACGGGAUAUAAAUA